UGGCGCGAAGUUUCAUCUCGCAGGAGGAAGAGGGAAGCUGUCGCCGCGCUGAGCUUCAGAUUGACGGGUUGCUGUUUUUAUUUUUUGUUUUUUUUCCCCCCGUGCCGAGUUUCAUCGGGCUUGAAAGAAUGAAUUGCAGCCCCUCGUGGAGGAAAUCGUUGCCACAUACCAUAAACACAAGAAGUCAGGGAAAACGCAUCUAUUCGUGGAUUGGCAAGGCUAUAUCUACAGACAGAAAAUUGCAGAUUUCUCAUUAUAGGGGAAUAUCUAUUAAGUGUGAAAAAGAUAUCAGUGACAUCUGUAUUUUCCCUGGAGAGUUUAUUUUCAUAGAAGAAGAAGAAUAUGAUCAACUUUUUGUGGCAAGACUCUUAAAACUAUAUGAAGAUGGUGCUCAGGAGAAACAUGCAGUUGUUGAGUGGUUUUCUCGUAUUGAAGAAAUACCAUUUGGUCUCCGAAAAAGUUUGGGACAAAAAGCUACACAGGAGAUAUUCUUGAAUGAGGAGACUGAAUGGGAUACUGAUGUAUUUGUUUCAUCUAUUGUUUGUAAAAUUAUGGUUAUUCCCUUAUCACCAUGUGAAACAUUGCCUACUGAAGUAAAAGAUAAGCAAGUUAUGUUUGUAAGGAAAUCUUGGGAUGGAAAAAAGAUAAAGCCACUGAGACCCAAUUUACUGGCAGAAUUGAAAAAUUCCAUUAAACUAAAGAGUGAUAUAAAUUUUGCAACCGAGUGCACCCGGACUCCCUCUCGCUCGCUGGAAGAAGGAAUCGAAAAUGUCACUUGGAGUACCAGAGAAAGCAAUAAAAGCAGUACAGAAGUAAAACUGAGACGUUCAGCUGCUAAGUCUUCCUUGUUUAAGCAGAGAUAUUUCCCAAAACUGGCCAGUGGAGACAUCGCUGGAGCAAAGAAAAGAUUACAGUUAAACACACCUACAAAAUCUAGAAAUACGCUUGCAGUGCAACAAGAUGUGAUAGAACUUCUAGACUGUAGUUUGAUUGAAACUCCUCAACGAUCAUCCCUUAAAAGAAAAGUAACAUUUACUGGCAUUAAAGGUUCUCCUAAAAAAAUACCUUGUGUUUCUGAUGAGGAAGAUUUGCUCUUAGAUAUAAAACCACUGGAUGAGCAGCCUGAAAGAACUACAACAAAUUUACUAACUCCGUGCCAGAGGAUCCAAGAUUCCAGUCUGAAAAUCAGCAGUUCUGCUGUGACAGAAAGUGGCAAAGGUUUAGAUGAAGAACGUGAGUUGGAAACAAGGAAUUCAGCGAUGACUCCACGUUCACGCAGAAAAUGUGCAGAAGUGACUGCUGCUCGAAUUGCAAAACAACUUGGUGUUUUGAACGCAGCUGGAGAUAAAGGCAAGGGUAAGAAGUGUCUUAGUCCCUUGGAAACUUCUGAUUCAGAUAGCAGUGAUGAAGAAGACAACAAGAGACUUCAUACACCUAAAAGGCAAACAAAAUCCACUCCUCUCAAGUUCUCAAAGAACCAAUCCAGGGGGACACCUGCCAAGGAUCCAAGGAAUAGUUCUAAACCAAGUACUCCAAAAACUCCACGUAAUGCCACCCCAAGAAUACGCAGCCGAAAUCAGACUGCCCAGAAGCCAGUCAAUGUGCUAGAAGAGGCAAGAAUGAGACUGCAUGUUUCUGCUGUCCCUGAAGCCUUGCCCUGCCGUGAAAAGGAAUUCCAGGAUAUCUGUAACUUUAUAGAAAGCAAGCUUCUUGAUGGUACAGGAGGGUGUAUGUACAUUUCUGGAGUUCCUGGAACAGGUAAAACAGCAACAGUCCAUGAAGCUAUUCAUUAUCUUCAGCAGGCAGCAGAAAAUGACGAGAUACCAGCUUUCCAGUUUAUAGAGAUUAAUGGAAUGAAACUGACUGAUCCCAACCAAGCCUAUGUGCUAAUUUUAAAGCUAUUGACAGGCCAGAAGGCAACUGCCAAUCACGCAGCUGAACUUCUGAAAAAGAUGUUUUGCACACCUGGAUCAAAAAGGAAAACUGUAGUACUUGUUGUGGAUGAGCUUGAUCUUCUAUGGACUCGAAAACAAAAUGUGAUGUACAAUCUCUUUGACUGGCCCACCCAGAAAAAUGCCAGGCUAAUUGUCUUGGCCAUUGCUAACACUAUGGAUUUGCCAGAAAGAAUAAUGAUGAAAAGAGUAGCCAGCAGGCUGGGCCUUACCCGAAUGUCUUUCCAACCGUACUCCUACAAGCAGUUACAACAAAUUAUUUCAUCCAGAAUCAAUCAGUUAAAAGCAUUUGAAGAGGAUGCAGUUCAGUUCAUUUCUAGAAAGGUUGCAGCUUUGUCUGGUGAUGCAAGACGGUGCCUUGAUAUCUGCAGAAGGUCCACUGAAAUCUGUGAACUUAACAGCAAAAGAGGUGAUUCUGGAUUAGUCAACAUGGCACAUGUUAUGGAAGCUGUGGAUGAAAUGUUCUCAUCUCCAUAUAUAAAUGCAAUUAGGAAUGCUUCACUGCAGGAGCAAAUAUUCUUGAAAGCCACAAUUGCGGAAUAUCAUAGGUUAGGACUGGAAGAAGCUACAAUUCAGCAGAUAUUUCAUCAGCACGUUGCUCUAUGUAGACUUGAAGGCCUGUCAACACCUACUAUAUCAGAUAUAAUAGCAAUUUCCUCCCGACUUGGAGCUUGUAAACUUUUGCUGGCAGAAUCUCAUGCCAAGUACAUUGGCAUGCGAAUUCGACUCAAUGUUAGCCAGAAUGAUGUUAUGUAUGCACUCAAGCAAGAUCAGAAUGCCAAAAAUACUAAAUUUUAAUAAGAUUUGUUUUAAAUAAUGAUGCUGAUUAAUACUUGAAAUUUGUUUUUAAACUUAUUUUAGUUAUUUUUAUAUUGUUUAUAAUUAUAACUAUUCUUUAAAAAAAUAAUCCAGUUGU